AGGGGAGAAAAAAAGGAACUUAGAAAAAAAAUAACAUAAAAAUAAAAGAAAAGGUAAAGUAAAGAAGAAAGGGGCAAAAUGGGAAACCAUCAAGUUCCACAAAAUCACAUCUGCUUCGACUCCACCGCCGCCUCCUUCCUUCUUUCCUCGCCGCCACCCGCGCCGUGAGAGCACCGAGCCGUCCGCGAUCACGCUGCGCUCUCCUACAGGCAACGGAGCCGGAGCCGGAGCCCCAGUUGCAGCUGGCUCCGCUGAAUUCGGGGCUCGCCGAAUACCGCCUCCAGUCGUCUGCGUCCGGGUGCAACUGAAUCCGGUUAAGGUACCGUCUUUGUAGACUUGGCUGGAGAAAUUGGUUGUUUCUAUGAUGAAGACUAAGACGAGUAGGAGCUUACAGAAGUCUGGGAGAGGUAAUCAGGUCCAAGGAGAAGGGCCAAACUGGGUUCUUGUUGCUGGGGGUUUUUUGCUUAGCGCGCUUUCAGUCAAGAUUGGGUGCAAACUAAAGCAGUGGUUCAAUGGGAAGCAGCAAAAUAAUACUUCCAAAGCUAAAAGAAGACCUGAAGCAUGCGAGCUGCACUCAGACCUCUACCGGUUCAGUGACCAAACUGGCUGUUGCUACUCUGUUUCAGGGCUUGCAGAUAGUGGAGUGGAAGUCAAGCAAGCACCAGCAAGUCCUGUACCCAAAUCAGUUGAAUCCUCACUUCCACUUGUCAAGAUACCGACACCAGAAUCAAGCAAAGAAAACAGUGGCGUUAUGUGGAUAUCCUCACCUGAUCGGCUUGAAGAUCCUCGAAGGCCAUUUCAGUACUCGAACAGCUCUGGCUCUCCCUGCGUUUCAGAAUCAGGGUCUGACAUUUAUAGCAAAAGAGAGGUCAUACAGAAGCUAAGACAGCACCUCAAGAAACGUGAUGAGAUGAUCAUGGAGAUGCAAACUCAGAUUGCUGAUCUUAAGAACUCUAUUAACAUUCAAGUGACACAGUCCACAAACCUGCAGUCUCAAUUGGAUGUUGCCAAUCGUGAUCUGUUUGAAUCCGAACGAGAGAUUCAGCAUCUGAGGAAGAUCAUUGCAGAUCACUGUGUCGCAGAAGCACUCUCCCAUGAGAAACCUUUGCAAGCUGGACAUUGGCAGUCAGAUGCUACAAAUGGUCAUUCAAAUGGUUAUGCUGAUGGUUGUGUUGAUGAUGCUGAUCUGCAUUGUGUUGGCAUUGAGAAGAGAAAGGGAGAGGUAGAGAGGGUGGAGAUGCUGAAGAAAGAGGUUGUUGAACUGAAGGAAGUCAUCGAGGGAAAGGACUUCGUGCUUCAGAGCUACAAGGAACAGAAGGCGGAACUCUGUUUAAAGAUCAGGGAGCUGCAGGAAAAGCUCUCAGCACAAGUGCCAAACAUCUUGUAGGAUCUAUGUGUAGUGCUUUUUUAGAAGAUCGAAUCUAAGCAUAAUGUUGUCUGUUCCAUGAGCAGCAGAGGGGAUCCCGCUUCAGUGAGGAUUGCAGAGGAAGCUCUUGGCAUUUGGCAAUCGUCAUGCAUGCGGAACGCCAUGCUAGGAUCUUUGUGGAAUGAUUCUCUUUUACUUUUUAGAGGGGGAUUUUGCAUAAUGUUAGGUUGGUUUGUUUCUUUCUUGGCUGCCAUAAUGUUAGGUUCGUUUGCUUUCUUCCCUUUUCAAUAUCUGGCCCUUGGUUGCAGAGGGUUUCUUUUUCUCAGUUGCUAGGUGCGUAGGGUAGCUCAAUUGAACUUCAUACUCAAGUUGCUGUACAGGUUCUCAGUUUUCAAGAGAUAAAAAAAACCGUAGUGUGCCUCUGCCUCUUUCAGGGCAGUUCUGUC